GCUAAGAGUUCACAUAGCCCCUUAAGAUCGUUAAUACUGCAUUCUAUAUUUAGUAUAGUUCUAUUACUUCUCUCAGUCUUCUCUCGUUCUCCUCUUGUUCUCCUUUCAUCUGCUGUUGCAUCGUCGUGAAGUUUAAUAAUUCGAGAUGGCUGUACCGGUUUCUGCAAUUGGAUUUGAAGGAUAUGAAAAGAGGCUCGAGGUCUGUUUCUUCGAGCCAGGGCUGUUUGCUGACCCUAGAGGCAUGGGUCUCCGCUUAUUGUCAAAAGAUCAAAUUGAUGAGAUUCUGAAACCAGCUGAAUGCACCAUUGUUUCAUCCCUGUCGAAUGAUGAUCUGGACUCGUAUGUCCUUUCAGAAUCUAGCCUAUUUGUGUAUCCGUACAAAGUUAUCAUCAAAACUUGCGGGACAACGAAACUGCUUUGCUCAAUUCCUGCCAUUCUUAAGUUGGCAGAGACUCUCUCACUCGCCGUGAGAUCCGUGAGGUACUCUCGUGGGAGCUUCAUAUUUCCUGGUGCUCAGCCUUCCCCACACCGGAGCUUUUCAGAGGAAGUAGCUGUCCUUGAUGGGCAUUUCGGAAAGCUUGGGUUGGCAAGCAGAGCCUACGUUAUGGGUAGCCCUGGCAAAUCUCAGAAAUGGCAUGUUUACUCUGCCUCAGCUGAAUUGGCAAGUUUAUUCUGGGGAACACGCCCCUCAGGCCCUACCUACACUCUCGAGAUGUGCAUGACUGGCUUGGACAGGAAGAAGGCCUCUGUGUUUUACAAGACAAAUGCAAGUUCAGCUGCUAUUGUGACUGAGGAUUCUGGCAUCAGGAAGAUUCUCCCAAAAUCUGAAAUAUGUGAUUUUGAGUUUGAUCCUUGCGGGUACUCUAUGAACUCCAUUGAAGGGGAUGCAGUUUCUACCAUUCAUGUGACACCUGAGGACGGUUUCAGCUAUGCUAGCUUUGAAACUGUGGGCUACAACUUUAAGGAUGUGAACUUGACCCAUCUGAUCGAGAGGGUUUUGGAUUGUUUCAAACCAGCUGAGUUCUCUGUUUCUCUGCAUUCCACAAUUGCUGCAAGUGAAGAACUCCAGUUUCCUCUGGAAUUGAGUGGGUACUGUUGCGGAUCUACAAACUACGAAGGGCUGGGUCUAGGAGGUGCAGUCAUCUACCACAGCUUUGUCAAAGACGAUACUUCUCAAUCUCCAAGGUCUAUUCUGAAAUGCUGCUGGAGCGAGGACGAGAAGGACGAGGAAGUUGAAGAGAAAGUUCUGAGCAUGAAGAACUAGUGUGUUUUUCUUUUUAUGGUAAUGAAUAAAUUAAUUGUCAUGGGGGCAUAUGAUAAUGUAGUAAGGUAUUAGUAUUUUCCAUUGUGAAUAAAAAUGGAUCUCUAAUGAUCCAUUGUCCUCUCCUCCUCGAUUCAGGAGUCUAGGGCCAGUUUUAAGAUAAUUUUUACAUGAAACAGUUUCUCGUGUUAAUGAUAUUGUGAUGUAUGAGAUAUAUGCAAUUUUGCA